UUCAACGUGCGAGGACCGUGUACCUCUGUACUACACGCAAACCACUGUUUCAUUUCUUUGUCGUAAAUGCGUAGCUUCGUUGCUGUUAUGGUAUGAAUUACGUUUUCAAUAUGUGCUUAUGUAUUCCUCAACAUAAUCUGUGUAUUUUAAAAUCGUUUGGCCCCUGACAAGUAGCAAAAUAGCAAUCCAUCAUGGCGUCAACAAUCUUCAUUAAACAUGACAUAUUGUAUAUUUAAUGCAGAAGAUUUCCAUUUCAUGUUAUGCAGGGGCUCGCACAUCCCUUGUUUAUCUCAAAUCGUCUUGUUGACGUCUUAGCACGUUCUCGGGAGCUUUCCCAUCAUGCACCGCGAACGCUGCAGCUAUUAUUGACAAAGAAAAAAAAGGCUAGAAAGGAACAACAGCAGUGUGGCUUCAGCGAGACAACCCAUCGGUGGUGACAUUAACAUUCAAAUUAAGUGCCAUGCCAUAGAAUUCUAGAGUCUAGCACACAGCUUGACCGAGUUUCCGGAGUGCGGGAAGAGGGGGGAGACUGUGGACGGGGGACGGAAAAGAGCUCAGUGGGGGCCAAUGCAGCAGCAGCAUCGACAGCCUGAGCUGGUGGAAGGAAACCUUCCCGUGUUCGUGUUCCCCACUGAGCUAGUCUUCUACGCUGAUGAGCAGACAUCUCACAAGCAAGUGCUCACCCUAUACAACCCCUAUGAGUUUGCUCUCAAGUUCAAAGUGCUGUGUACAGCGCCCAACAAGUACACUGUUGUGGAUGCCACCGGAGCAGUCAAGCCACAGUGCUGUGUUGACAUCGUAAUUCGACUCAGAGACGUGCGACCAUGCCACUACGGGGUAUACGACAAGUUCCGCCUGCAGGUGUCGGAGCAAAGUCAACGCAAAGCUCUGGGUCGCAAAGAGGUGACUGCCACGCUCCGUCCGUCGGCCGCGCAAGAGUCCGGCGGACUCCGAUCGCAAGAUGAUGAGCGCAGGGCAAAAGAACAGCUGGCGGACAGCGAGUUUUUUGAACAGACUGUGUUUCAAACAGAGAGCCGUCCUGUCGCUGGAGGCCCCAGUCUGUUGACGGUGCUACUGGGCCUGGUGUGCGUGGCCGCCCUCAUGCUCCCAACCUCGGGGGAGCAAGAAUCCACUGUGCCUGUCUACCUCCACUUAAGUGUUAACAAAAAACUCGUAGCCGCUUACGUUCUCGGACUUCUCACAAUGGUCAUCCUACGCACAUGAAGCAGAGGGAGUGGGCUUCUGGAAAAUUCAGACACAGCACCACUGUUUCAUUAGUUGACGCGGGGAGUUUUUCUACCUGGUGCGUCUUCACUCCUGAAACAUUUGAGUGUUUUAUUUUUCAAAUGCACAUUGAUGUAAACAGACCUGUGGCACCCUCCGGGGAGUUCCUUCCCCAAUCGGGACCUGUGAAGAAGCGUGAAUGCCCCAUGCUUCCCGUCUGUUGCUAUGAAACUGAAGUGAGCAGCAGCAUUAAAGAAUAUGCAUCUUAUGUGUACAUAAAGCCAUACCAGUUUUCGUAUUGUAUUUAAUUGUAACCAAAAUAUUGUUGAGUCAUGCGAGUGUAAUGGAAGACAGAAUGGCAGUUAUCUGCAUGUACCGAUCUAAUUUUGUUUUUCCAGCAGUCAUGACAAAAGGCCUUUUGCGCAGAAUACUUGUACUAUAAAAAUGUUCCAAAACAUUUAAUAAAGUGUCAGUACAUCAGCCUGAUAUCAUUGCUUU